GGUGCUCGUCAGACCAGUUUUUAGUCAGUGUUUGUCCUCAUAGGCAGAAGUUGAAACUCAAGAAACUGGAUUUUGUUUGGACAAAAUUGUGUCACAGACGCCUCGUUUUGUGUGACGAAUGUUCAAAGAGAAAUGUGGUGACUGAUUUGAACACAUCUCUCAGGAGGCUUCACAGGACUGCACUGCAAGAUAAGACAGCUCAGCACAGCUGUGAAUCAUCAGCAUCCGGACCAUGUUCUCCUCCGCUGCCCCGUACAAAAACCAGCACUACGCUGAUCUGAGGAGGAACUGCAUCCAGGACAAGAAGCUGUUUGAGGAUCCAGAAUUUCCAGCCACCAAUGCGUCGCUGUAUUAUCAGAGAUCACCUCCAGGGACUGUGGAGUGGAAACGACCCGGGGAGAUAAGCAAUGAGCCCCAUCUGUUUGUGGAGGGCAUCAGUUCCCAUGACCUGAACCAGGGAGUUGUGGGGAACUGCUGGUUUGUUGCUGCCUGCUCUUGUCUGGCUUUGAAGCCAAACCUUUGGAAGAAGGUCAUUCCUGACUGGAAGGAGCAGGAGUGGGAUCCCAAACACCCGGAGGACUAUGCAGGAAUCUUCCACUUUCAGUUCUGGGUGUUUGGAGAGUGGAUAGAUGUGGUGGUGGACGACCGGCUGCCUACAAUUAACGGAGAACUCAUCUACUGUCACUCAAAAAACCACAAUGAAUUUUGGAGCGCCCUGCUGGAGAAGGCCUACGCCAAGCUCUCCGGCUGCUAUGAGUCUCUGGAGGGGGGAAACACUGGAGAUGCUGUGGUGGAUUUCAGUGGAGCCGUGGCUGAAGCCAUCAACCUGGAGGCUGGCGCCUACUAUAAAGAACAGAAAAAACAAGACCAGCUGUUUGAAGACCUACUAAAGGUGUAUGACCGUGGAGGAAUUAUAAGCUGCUCCAUUAAGGCGCAGCCUCAUGAAAUUGAGAACAGGAUGGCAAACGGGCUGGUGAAAGGCCAUGCGUACUCAGUGACUGCAGUGAAGAAGGUGCGCUUGGGUCAUGGGCUGUUGGCCUACUUCAAGAACGAAACCAUCCCUCUGAUCCGCAUGAGGAACCCCUGGGGCAAGAUUGAGUGGAAAGGAGCGUGGAGUGACAGCUCUGAGGAAUGGUCAAAGGUCGGUGACAUGGAGAGGGGCAACCUUGGCAUCACAGUGGAGGAUGAUGGAGAGUUCUGGAUGUCAUUCACAGACUGGUGCAAGUGCUUCACAGAUGCAGACAUUUGCCGUCUAAUCAAUACUUCGCUCAUCAGUAUCCACAAGACAUGGAAUGAGGUCGUGCACUUCGGGAGCUGGACCAAAAACGCAGAGCCGCUGUUAAACCGGUGUGGAGGCUGUGCUAACCACAAGCAGACAUUCCUGCAGAACCCACAGUAUUUGUUUGAUGUUACGAAGGAGGUCGAUGAAGUUUUGAUCUCCCUGCAACAGAGAGACAUGAAGAUCCACAGAAAAGUUGGCCAAGGAGAAAAUCUAACCAUUGGGUUCGGUGUCUUUAAGGUGGAGCUGAACAGGAAGUAUCGGAUGCAUGACUUCCUGACACAACAUUGUGUGGAGACGUCCACCUACAUCAACGCUCGCACAGUGUUUAUGAGAAGCAUGCUGCCGCAGGGCCGCUACGUCAUCAUCCCCACCACCUUCAGGCCUCAGACGCUGGGCGAUUACAUGAUCCGGGUUUUCACUGACGUGGACUCAGGGUGCAGGGAGCUGACAGAGGAUAAGCCGAAAGUGAGAUGCUGGAGUUCAUUUCUGGGAUACCCGCAAGUUGUGACUCACAUCUACGUCCACGGAGCUGAGGGGCUGCAGAACCAGGACAGCACAGGAGGUGCAGACCCCUACGUGAUUAUAUCCUGUGAAGGCCGGUCAGUGAAGUCCAUCAUCAAGACGGACACCUUGCAACCAGAAUUUACAACCAGCGCCAUUUUCUAUAGGAAGAAACCCAGAAAGCCCAUAACUGUUGAGGUGUGGAACAGUAACGCAGUGAAGGACGAGUUCAUGGGCCAAGUGGUGCUGUCCGGGUCGGUGAAGGACACCACUGAUCCUCAGAGGCUUCAGCUGAGGAAGCGAGGUCGGCAGAUGGCUGACGAGAUGCCGGGGAGCAUCGGCGUGAGGAUCAUCACUGCGACUCAGCUGACGGCCAUGUGACCUCGCCGGUGACCCGAGAGACAGCUGAAUCAUUUUCAGUGCUGAGCUGUGUGGUGUGAACUUGACACGUGCCAUCAUCAAAGCACUAAAACCAACAGCAGUAUGACCUGUUUUCAGGGCACUAUUGGAUAGACUGAAUGUCACUUCCUGUUUGUUACUUUUAAUCAAAUGUUUCAUCUUCUCUUUUAUUACUUUUUUUAAAUUACUUUUGAAUAACUUAUGAAACAUUUUUAUAUUGACGAUUUUGCAAUUUUCUUGUGAAGAUAUUUUUUUUUUUUUACACUUCAAAUAUUAUGAGAAAUAUGGCAAUGCUUUGUCAUUCAAGUCUUAGAUACAAUUAUAUUUAUGGCCUAUAUAAUCAUCAUUAUGCAGAGAACUCACUGUAUGCCCAACUCAUAAUUCAUGUAUCAUCUGUCUCUUUAAUGCAUGUUCCAUCAGUUCAUAUCAUCAUGUUUCGUUCUCAUGAUUAUUAACAAAAUGCAAAACCAUGAAUAACAUAACAAAUUAAAAUAAAUCCAACCUAAGAAUCAUGAUAGCCAACAAGCAUCGUCACAACUCUGGUUUUCUUCCUCUUUUUAUUUCAGUCCAGUUCCCAAACUGCAAUAUUUUGUUUGUUUUUUUUUACACUCAAGACACAGCCAUGCACAAUUCAAAGUUCAAAAAGUCUAUUGCUUCAACCACAAUUAAAAAUAGUUUAUCCAAAA